UUAAACUCUGACACCGUGGCUGUAUAUAAAGGAGCACGCUCCCCAGAACAACCAUCAUCAACCAACAACCAACAACCAACAGUCAGACAUCUGCAGCUGCAGCUUUGAACACUAUAGACUUCUUUUUUGUUGAUUGUUCAGGUAUAACAACAGGAACCAUGCUGAAGUGUCUGUUCGUUCUUGGAUGUCUCCUCAGCCUGGCUGUGGCCAAUCCUCUCGAGGAAAAUCACAAAAGAGUUGCUCGCUCUGAUUCUUCCGAGUCAAACGAAACCGGUGGUGGAAAUCCUUUAAACAAUCAACUUCUCAACCUGUUGAUGGCUGAAAUAAUCAGGGCACUGUUUACUACAACUACAGCCACAACAACUACUCCAACUACUACUACUCCAACAACUACCACCACCACCACCACCACUGCUGCAACUACUGUAUAAAACUAUCAUUUACCCAGGGUUCAAUACCAAUCUGUGAAGAAUAAUGUACAUGACCUAAACCUUAAACUCUGUACAACCUGAUGAAUAAACUUCUGAAAUGAAAAGUUGGCCAUUGCUUCUUCUUUGUGUUAUUUUGGGAAAAGACUAAGUGAGAUGUAGGACGUAAACCUUUGGAGGACUCAACAGUGAUACAAAAACUGCUAAAAUACUAAUAUCAUUCUUUUCCAUUAUUCAUUAAUAUAAUUAUAAACUCAACAGCACCAUAUGGUGGCACUUAGCUAAGGUUGAUUCAACACUGUACUUAUCCCCUAAACAUAUACAGUCACUUUAACAGUUCUUUGUUGGUAUUUGAUAGUGUGGGUAUAAACGAAGUACAAUUUGUUCAAUGUCUAUGAAGAUUCUCAGGUCACGAACAUGAAAGAAAGCAGCAGUUGUACAACAGAAGUUAAAAAUGCCAGAACAGAGAGGUGAAGCCUAACUGUUCUCAGGGAUCAUCGCAUGAAGACAUGUGACCCAAGAAGAAGCUAAAGUAAUGAUGGACAAUAUAAAUCAAACUGUUGAGUAUCUGCUGAGAAACAAGACUGAAACAA